AUGCAGACAAUGGCACAGGUGAAGAAGGUUUCGUCACCGAAGGAGCUCUUAGAAGACAAGGCGCCGCUCUCGGGCGAGUCUGAAGCAAGUAACCAGGACAGCACUUUGAGUAAAGACAAGAAGAACGGGCGGGUCCAAGUAGAGGAAGGUGUGCCUCUUAAACGGCCAAAAGGGAAAGUUUUCCAAUGUACCGGCUAUCCUGGUUGUUCCAUGGUAUUUACCCGUAGUGAACAUUUGGCAAGACACAUUAGGAAACACACUGGAGAGAGGCCGUUCCAAUGUAACUUGUGUAUGAAGAAAUUCUCCAGAUUGGACAAUUUGCGGCAACACAAGCAAACUGUACAUCAUCAUCAGCUGCAGCAUCAGAAUUUCAGUCAUUCCGAUUUGAAAACUGCAAAGUAUGGCAACCAUGGUACAACUCUGAAUAACAGCAAACGUCGGUCUUGUAAGAAUGAGCUAACCAAUUUGCGAAAUUCCAUUGACAAGUUAUACAAGGUGAAUGCUAAUAAUAAUAAUAACAAUAAUAAUAAUACUAAUGAUAAUAACGAAAAUGAGAAUGAUAACUAUGAAAACAAGCUCCGUGAUAACGAAAACCGCAAAGAGCAUAGUGCUACAAAUUCAAAUGCUUAUGCGCCAAUUACUCCAUCGAUUCAAACCUUUGGUGACAAGGUUACAAAUCCGCUGAAAACCCCUCCCGAUUCCAUCUCCCCCAGUGUACGGAAAUCCAUGUUACCCCCACCACGUAGGAACAGGUUCCUUCAGAAGCACGACGGCUUCUCAGAGAUCCGGCCAACGUAUUCGAAAAAACCAGUUCCAAUUAUUAUAAGCAAUGACAUCAAGAAUGAGGUGAAGGUAUUAACGCCGGCAACAGGACAAAACUCAAUCACAGAAGCCAGUCCAAUACCGGAGAGAAUAUCACAAAUAAGACAAGGUGAUACUCAAGGUUCACAUUUGGUCAUAUUACAACCACAAAAGUCACUGUCAUUAUCUCCAAGUUUGGCCAGUUUCCCGUCGAAAUAUUCAUCGCCUCAGGUGUCACCCUCUGUCAAUGCAUUCAGCGACAUACCGGCACCAUACCCACAAAGUCAACAACAACAUCAACACCAGUAUCAGCCGCUCCAACCACCCCAAUCACAACAUCGAUACCCACCACCUGGAUAUGCAUUUCCUAAUAUAACACCAACAAACACCCAUUUUGAUUUUGCGAAUCCGUACAUGUCACCAAUGUAUUAUCAGCCGCCUAGUGCUGGGUAUGGACAGCCAAUGAUUGCAGAAACGUUUCGACAUCGAUCGCAUCCGCCAUAUGGGAACCAGCCGCAAGUACACACGCCGCUAUACCCACCAGGAUACGAUUACGGAGUGUAUGCACAGUGCCAGCCCUCACUCCCGCCACCGUUACCCCAGCAGGUCCAAUACCCGCAACAGCAGCAACAGCAGCAACAGCAACAACAACAACAACAACAACAACAACAACAACAACAACAACAACAACAACAACAACAACAACAACAACAACAACAACAGUUAUACCUGAGAAGGCCUGUCGAGAGAGAUACUGUAAAGGACUCGCCUGUUACUUCCAAUGGAUCAAUGGCGAUAGCUGUAGGUAGUGGCGACGACAAGGCGGUGGAGAAGGAGAAGGAGGUAGUGAAUGACGAGAAGAAGCUACGGAUCUCGAGUUUGCUCAACGAGUAG